CUUUUUUGAUGCAUGUACACGGCUGGUAGCGUUACCAUCGCAACAGCAUCCAGGCGCACAAUCCUUGUCUUGGAUAUACAUCCUCAAGCUGCUUCUGUGAUUGGAUGAGCGCCCCGAGGAUGUCACUUGGCUACCGAAUGAUGAGAAAUUGAACACAUGAACGGAAAUACAGUCCUUGAAUUUUACUGGCCGUUUCCGUGUGGCAUUCAGAUAGCCAUGAGUGAGGUUUACAGCAAAUAAAGGUAGCCAUUGGGCUCUUGGUACAUAUUUCUAGUGGCGAAGACCCGUUUCCUUUUCGUUGGUACGGAAGCCGAGAGAAGACUGGUUGGUUACGCGGCGGCGGUGGGUCUCCACCCGAGAGUAUGGCGGCCAGGAUUGUAUUGGUGAGCGCAUAAGGAACGGGAAGAGAUGGUGAAAAUAAUCAAAGAAGAACGCUUGUAUUAUUAACUUUUAAAAUAGGAUUUAUUUAUCAACAUUUGUUGAGUUAAUACGCGACAGUCUUCUUGCAGAAUCCAUCAUCAGGAGCCGUCCUGUUUUUUCUCCAAUGUCUUCGCUGGAGCAAGUUUUGUAUUUAUGAUCCAUAGAAUGGUAAGCGAAGCAGAUGAAAAACCGCACGUUUCACAUUGUCCCGCGUUUUGAUAGCUUGUAAUGCACAUUUUGAAGUUGCAAUAGUUUGGAUGCAAAUUGUCACGUCUGGAAUGCCUGGGGGAAUUUCUACAAUGAAAUCCAUCUUCGGUCAGCAAGGCUUUGUGCUCUGCUUUUGUAUUUGCCAUUGCUGAACGGUGGUAAGGAAGGCAAUAUUUUUUAUAUCCGUUCAAAAUGGAACACGAAUAAAUGCCAUUUGCGCGGGGAUAUUCUACUCUGUCUCGCGGAGAGUGAUAGCUUUCGACAAUCUCUUGAAAUCAUCAACUAACAAGGGAGCAAUGCGCGAGUACAAAGUGGUGGUCCUUGGCAGCGGUGGGGUCGGGAAAUCCGCCCUCACCGUUCAGUUUGUCACCGGGACUUUUAUUGAGAAAUACGACCCGACCAUAGAGGAUUUUUACCGCAAAGAAAUCGAGGUGGAUUCCUCACCCUCUGUUCUGGAGAUUCUUGACACUGCUGGUACUGAACAGUUCGCAUCCAUGCGGGACCUUUACAUCAAAAAUGGCCAAGGCUUCAUACUGGUCUACAGUCUUGUCAACCAGCAGAGCUUCCAAGACAUCAAACCAAUGAGGGACCAGAUCAUCAGAGUGAAAAGGGUGAACGGAGGGAGUCUGAUGACCUACAAGAGACGAGUCUCUCUGCCCACCRAGAAGCCUCUCAGUGGAGGAGUCUGA